AUGAAGUUUUUAAGGAAGCCCUUGGUUACCGCAUUCACGUUCAUUGCGAUUACAUGUGUAAUAUUCUUCAUGAGCAGCUCGUCGAACGAAAGACCUUUAAGCAUGACAGUGCCCGUGGAUUCGAAGUACACGAAACAAGACAUAUCUGGAGCUAUUGCGCAAACUAAAGCAAAUGGGAAACAGAUUAAUUUCGAAUCAAAACAUGGUGAAAAAAGUGGGGAUACGAUAAAUCAUCCGUAUGGUCAGGAUAUUGAAUCAGCACAGAUUAAUGAUAUAAGUACUACACCAAAUGAUUUGGAAUACACAGAUACACCCUUUAUGCCUAAGAUGGCUAACGAAACCUUAAAAGCACAGCUAGGAAAUUCUGCGUGGAGGUUAUUCCAUACGAUCUUAGCUAGAUAUCCAGACAAACCUUCAAUUCAGGAACAGACUACUUUGAACCAAUAUAUUCAUCUAUUUGCCCAGGUUUAUCCAUGUGGUGAUUGUGCAAGGCACUUUCAGAUUCUCUUGAAAAAAUACCCUCCCCAGGUCAAGUCUAGGAAAACCGCGGCGUUGUGGGGAUGUGAUAUACAUAACAAAGUGAACGCCAGAUUGGAUAAGCCAGAUUAUGACUGUACGACUAUUUUAGAAGACUACGACUGCGGUUGUGGCGAUGAUGAGAAAGAAGUUGACACCACUCUUUCGAACGAAAGUAUGGAUAAUUUGAGAAAUAUUAAAAUUGAUGAGAAAGAAGAUUUGCAACUUGGUGGCUAG